GUUUUAUCAAAGUUUGGCUGAAAGAGUAAUGGCCAAUGAAGGGAUCUCCAAGUCGAAAUGCCCCUCUCUGCAUACGGACUACCCCACGCCGUUUUCAAUCCGGACCGGAGGAGGGAAAGGGGAAAGAGCCGAGGCUUUUCUCGCUCGCCACCAAAACCGAUUAAGCCGCACUGCAUGGCAACCAACCUGACCAACCCUGGGAACAACUCACGAGUCAAGAUAACUCUUUCCUUCUACUCGUACACUUCUCGCUGUCUCUGUGUCUUCGAUUGUCUUUCUCCUCGAAACUUUCUCCUCGAAAGUUCCUUUUAUCCCAACACCAUACCUGAAACCCUACCAUUCCUUUUAUCUCCAAGACACCAAAUCUUGACCUUCGAGACACAACAUGGCUUCGAUUGUGAAGGCAUUACGCACAGUGACCCAGAGGGCUACUUUGACAGCACGACCGACUUUGAGACCUGUUCGAGCCAGCAGAAUAUACCAACAGUCAGUAUAUAUUUUCUUCCAACUCCACUCAUUCUAAUAUCUCUUUCAGCGCGAGGCCCCUCUCCGCCACAGCACGCCGACGAAAUGAUGAUAUUGACAUUACCGAAUUCCCUCCUACACCCAUUACCCACCUGUCCGAAAUAGAAGCGGCCAUGGCAGACUCAGUCUCCAAGUUUGCCAACGAAGUCAUUGCCCCCAAAGUCCGAGAAAUGGACGAGAAGGAGUCAAUGGACCCAACUAUCGUGGAACAGCUAUUUGAACAAGGCUUUAUGGGUGUGGAAAUUCCGGAAGAGUACGGUGGUGCUGGCAUGAACUUCACAGCCGCUAUUGUCGGGAUUGAAGAGCUGGCUCGAGUUGAUCCUAGUGUCAGUGUGAUGGUAGAUGUGCAUAAUACACUGGUCAAUACUGCCAUAAUAAAAUAUGCCAGUACGGAGUUGAAGAAGAAAUGGCUUCCCCGUCUGGCAACGGACACAGUUGGUACGUCCUUCCUCGAAGGACUUUUGCAAAAAUGUAAGCUAACAAAUUAGGAUCCUUUUGUCUCUCUGAGCCUGUCUCUGGUUCUGACGCAUUUGCUCUUGCCACCAAAGCUACUAAAACAGACUCCGGAUACAAGAUUUCGGGCAACAAGAUGUGGAUUACUAACUCUAUGGAGGCAGAUUUCUUCAUUGUUUUUGCAAAUCUUGACCACAGCAAGGGUUAUAAGGGCAUCAGUGCCUUUAUUGUCGAGAAGGGCAUGAAAGGUUUCUCAAUAGCAAAGAAGGAGAAGAAACUCGGUAUCAAGGCUAGCAGCACGUGUGUGCUUAACUUUGACGACGUCGAAGUUCCCAAGGGAAACCUAUUGGGCCAGGAAGGUCAUGGAUACAAAUAUGCUAUUGCUCUACUGAACGAGGGGCGUAUCGGUAUCGCCGCACAGAUGACCGGACUUGCCCUCGGAGCUUUUGAGAACGCCGCAAAGUAAGCUUGGAUCACAAAUCCCGGGUAUUUCACAUGUUAACAACAUUUUAGAUAUGUAUGGAACGAUCGAAAGCAGUUCGGACAGCUAGUCGGUGAUUUUCAAGGAAUGCAGCACCAGAUUGCGCAGUCUUACACUGAGAUUGCCGCUGCUCGGGCACUAGUCUAUAAUGCUGCUCGAAAGAAGGAGGCUGGCCAGGACUUUGUGCAAGAUGCAGCGAUGGCGAAGCUAUAUUCUUCGCAGGUUGCAGGAAGAGUCAGUGGGCUUGCCAUUGAGUGGAUGGGAGGUAUGUAGAGUAUUUCCAAUGGCCAAAACUCCGUAUUAACAAAUUCUAGGAAUGGGAUUCGUCCGAGAAGGUAUUGCAGAGAAGAUGUGGCGAGAUAGCAAGAUUGGAGCGAUUUAUGAAGGAACGAGUAACAUCCAGUUGACGACGAUUGCCAAGUUGUUGAAGAACCAGUACUCAACUUGA